UUUUCUUAUGCUGUCAAAGAAUCAGCAGUUUAGAGCCAACUGGCCAGAGAAAUUUGCUAGCAAACGUUAGCUAGGGCCUCGUUGUUGAUAACAAAAACCUCAGCACGAGUCAUGCACAUUUUGCCAUCUGGCAGCCAAGCUAACGAGACAGAGCUCGACCCGCUGAGCAGAGACUCCCCCAGCCCGAGUGAGUCAUGGCCCAGUUCGGGGGACAGAAGAACCCUCCGUGGGCUACUCAGUUCGCCGCCACAGCGGUGUCCCAGCCGGGCCACUCAGGACAGAGUCUUGACCUCAACAGCCUGCACUCUCUUGGCGUGCAGCAGCCAUCUCUCCUGGGUGCAUCUCCCUCUAUGUAUUCCCAACAGUCCGCCUUGGCUGCAGCCUCACUAAGCAACCAGUCUGCUGCCAAUUACCAGCUCUCACAGCAGACUGCAGCCUUGCAGCAGCAAGCAGCGGCAGCUGCCGCUGCAGCACUGCAGCAGUCUCAGAUCAAUACAGCCCUCCAGCAGUAUCAGCAGCAGCAGCAGCAACAACAACAGCAACAGCAGCAGCAACAGCAGCAGCAACAGCAGCAGCAACAACCUCCUCAGCAACCUCCUCAACAGCAGCUGUAUAAUGUACCUCAUCAGCUCCCACAGCCACAGCAGGCUCUCAUUUCUCAGCCUCCUGUGGCAUUGCCUACCAGUCUGAGCCUCUCUAACCCACAGCAGACGGCUCAGAUUACUGUGUCCUACCCAACGCCACGCUCCAGCCACCAACAGCAGACGCAGCCUCAGAAGCAGCGAGUCUUCACUGGUGUUGUCAACAAACUACAUGAUACAUUUGGCUUUGUGGACGAAGAUGUCUUCUUUCAGCUAAGUGCUGUGAAGGGGAAGACUCCUCAGGUGGGCGACAGGGUCCUAGUGGAAGCUGUGUACAACCCCAACAUGCCCUUCAAGUGGAACGCCCAGCGCAUCCAGACGUUACCUCAGCUAGCCAACCAGUCGCAUCAGCAGCAGCCUCAGCCUUUACCUCAAGCUUCCCCACAGCUGGGCAGCUUUUACAAUGAGCCAGGGAUGCAGCUGCGCUUCUCAGACAUGCACUCCACUGCGGACAACAGACAAAAUAGUCAGCCUCAGGCUCCUAACUUGAUGAAGCCAGCUCCCACCAUGCUGCAGUCUCUGCCUCCCCCUACUACAUUCAGUGUUCCAGCCCAAGGCCCCCCUCCCUCUCUCCUGCAGGCCCAGCUCUCUGCUGCCUCUUUGGCCCCACUGCUCCAGAACCCUCCCCAGCCCCUGUUGCCGCAGCCUCCGCCCAAAGAUGUGUUUCCUGGAGGUUUGCUCCAGCCCCCAGUAAGAAUGAUGCCUCAGCCCCAGCCUGUCCGACGGAUUGAACCCCCACCUCGCUUUCCCAGUCGCAACGAUCGAGGCCCUGAGCUCAUCCUCAGGACCAAAGAGGAACGUAGCCGGGAGAGAGACCGUGAGCGCAGGCGGUCAAGAGAGCGCUCGCCCACACGUAAACGUUCCAGAGACCGCUCCCCAAGGCGUGACCGCUCACCCCGGCGCCCUCGCAGGAUGGUUCCCCGCUACACUGUCCAGUUCUCAAAGUUCAGCCUGGAUGGCUCCAACUGUGACAUGAUGGAGCUGAGGAGGCGCUACCAGAGCCUCUACAUCCCCAGUGACUUCUUUGAUGCUGUCUUCACCUGGGUGGAUGCUUUCCCAUUGACACGACCUUUCCAGUUUGGAAACUACUGUAAUUUUCACAUCCUACACAAGGAAGUGGAUCCUCUAGUCAAGAACACAGCUGUGCUGGACCCGCCUGAUGCCAAUCACACUUACAGUGCCAAGGUGAUGCUGCUGGCAAACCCCAGUAUAGAGGAGCUCUACCAUAAGUCUUGUGCUCUGGCAGAGGACCCCCAAGAAGUCAGGGACUCCUUCCAGCACCCGGCAAGGCUCAUUAAGUUUCUGGUGGGAAUGAGAGGUAAAGAUGAGGCCAUGGCCAUUGGUGGUCACUGGUCUCCCUCUCUGGAUGGAGCUGACCCAGAGAAAGACCCCUCAGUCCUUAUAAAGACAGCCAUACGCUGUUGCAAGGCACUCACAGGCAUAGACCUGAGUCUGUGCACUCAGUGGUAUCGUUUUGCAGAGAUUCGCUAUCAUCGGCCGGAGGAGACACACAAGGGGCGGACAGUCCCUGCACAUGUGGAGACAGUGGUUUUGUUUCUUCCGGAUGUUUGGCAUUGUCUUCCUACCCGCUCAGAGUGGGAGGGGCUGUCGCGGCGACUCCGGGAGCAGCUGGCUGAGAAGCUGUCGGCCGAGCGAAAGGAGGCGGAUGGAGAACAGGAGGAAGAGGACAAGGAUGAUGACGAAACAAAGGAGGUUUCUACUCCUACUCACUGGGCUAAGCUAGAUCCGAAGUCAAUGAAGGUGAAUGACCUGCGCAAGGAGCUGGAUUGUCGCUCUCUGAGCUCGAAGGGGUUAAAGUCGCAGCUGAUAGCUCGCCUCACUAAGCAGCUGAAGGUGGAGGAGCAGGUGGAGGAGGCCAAGGAGCCAGAGAAACCUGAGAGCAAAGUCAGUGAGGAGGAGGAGCCACCUCGCACAGAAGAAGAUAGAGAGGAGGAGGAGAGAAAGAGGCAGGAGGAGCUUGAGCGCCAGCGAAGAGAGAGGCGCUACAUCCUCCCUGACGAGCCCACCAUCCUUGUCCAUCCCAACUGGGCAGCCAAGAAUGGCAAGUUUGACUGCAGCGUCAUGUCCUUGAGUGUGCUGCUGGACUACAGACUGGAGGACAACAAGGAGCACUCCUUUGAGGUUUCCCUCUUUGCUGAGCUGUUUAAUGAAAUGCUUCAAAGAGACUUUGGCUACCGCAUCUAUAAAGCUCUUGCUGCAUUUCCUGCCAAGGAUGAGAAAAAGGAAAAGGAGAAGAAGGCCAAGAAAGAGGCAGAAAAGAAGGAGGCUGACAAGCGGGAGAUAAAGAAGGAGAAAGACGAGGAGAAUGACGAACCAGUGGUAAAAAGAGCCAAAGAGGACGAGGAGAAGAAAAAGGACGAUGACAAGGCUCUGAAGAAGGAAGAGUCUCGUGAUGACGAGGAGAACGAGGAUGAGGGCAGCACAGCAAAUGCUGAAGAAUAUGACCCCAUGGAGGCUGAAGAUGCAGAUGAUGACGACGACGAUGAUAAGGACGAAGAUGACUCUAAUGACAGAGAACGGAAAGAUGACCGCAAGGAUGACCGCAAAUCAUCGAAAGAGAGGUCCUCUAAAGACAAGGAGAAGGAGAAGAAGCAGAUGGUCACAUACAACAAGGAGCUGCUGAUGGCAUUUGUCUACUUUGACCAGAGCCACUGUGGCUACUUGAUGGAGAGAGACCUGGAGGAGAUCAUGUACACACUUGGCUUGCACCUGUCUCGCGCUCAGAUAAAAAAGCUGUUGAACAAGCCGGUGGUCAGAGAGUCAUGUUACUACCGUAAACUAACAGACAGGGGGAAAGACGAGCCUGUUCCUUCCUUCAGUGACACCCAGAUAGACAACCUUUUAGGUAACCGGGGACUCCUCCCUGCCCCAAAAGCUCGUGCUCAGUCAGAAGCCAGUGAGUCAGGAAAUCUGAUCGUGUACAAUGGAGCCAUGGUGGACAUAGGCAGCAUGAUGCAGAAGCUGGACAAGAGUGAGAAAGCAAGAGAGGAGAUCGAACAGAAGCUCAUUGUGCAGGACGCCAAAAUGGAUGAAGAUGCCAAGGUGAUAGUGCAGCUGGAGCAGGCCAACAAGACCCUGUCCCAGGAGCUGGAGGAGGUGAAGAACACGCUCAGCCAAACAGAGGAGAGACUGAAGGCCACCGAGGAGCAGAAGAUCAGCUAUCACAAUCAGCUUCACAAAACAUCCAGCACCCUCACCACCACCGUCAAAGAACUGCUGGCAGUCCUAAAGAAGGAUCAAGAGUCAGAGGAUCCUGCUAAUACAGUCAGUGGCGAUCACACACGGAUGUCUCAAACGAAUGGUGCCGAUGAAUGAGUGAUACCUUUAUAUGAAUCUAAUCUGUGACAUUUAUGUUUAAAAUCCUGUAAAUAUGCACUAAGCAAGUAUAAUUUUACUCCUUUUUAUUUGGACCUACUGUUGUUUCCCAAGUACAUGUAUAGAUUUAUUCAUGAGUUAGCUCCCUUGUGUUCAUUUGACCUCAGUUUCUGUGUAUAGAUAUGUUUCUAAGGAAUUAGUUUUGUUACCUAGUCAGUGCCGCAUUCUAGUUUUAACUAUGACAAAGCAUUGAAAACCUAUUUUUCAUAGUUUUUUUUUUUUUUUUUCAUAAUUUCAGUUGCUAACAACUAUUUUGCCAUUGCUUUACCCUGCCGUUAAGGCCGUUGAAAUAUGACAUGUAGAUAUCUGCCAGUAUGUGUGUGAGCUGUGCUUAUCAGAGAUUUUGUUUUUCUAAUUAGCAAUAAUGAUGCUAUUUAUGUGCAAGAGAAUUCAUGAAAAAAAAAAAAAAAAGUAUAUUUAAAAGAAAUUAAUUUUGGAUGACAAAGGGUUGGGAAGGGGUUCCAGCUGAUGUUGAGACAGAAUUCCUUUGUAAACAUGUUCCUCAUCCCCAUCUGCUGUUCACCCGACAACUGUGUUCAAUAAACACAUGAAGUUUGUUGUUCUUCUAUUUGGCUUCUUUCACCGCCUUCGGUCUCUUUUAAAACAUGGCUAUGCAUGAUUCUUGUGAUGAACCUCAUCCUCUUGUGGACCUUUGCUGUUUGCACCUCUCGGCUACAUCAUGACUACUGCGCUGCCGGUCAUGUGGUUCAUAUUUUACCGUUAAGAGCGUUUGUAUUUUGUUGGAAAGGGAACCAAACAAUAAGCUCAAUGAAUGUCUAUGAUGCUGAAGGAAUCCUUGUUUUGCGAAGACGUGUUUUUUUUUUUGUUUUGGUUUUUUUUAAGUCCAUCUCUGAGUUCUGUGCAUUAGUUGUUUUGGGUUGUUCCGGAAAAGAAUCGAAAUUUAAUCCAAAUGUGCCCCAAAGCAGCCAGUUUUAUUUUUCUAUUGACAAUGUACUCUAUGGAUGUCUUGUGCAAGAUUAAAGUGGUUCAUUUUAACACUAA